UAUCAUUUGUUUCUUUCCUUUCCAAUCUUCUUACAGACCUACUCAGGUCUCUUCUGUGUGGCUAUCAAUCCCUACAGACGUCUCCCCAUUUAUGGUCAAAACCUUGUUGACAAGUACAGGGGCAAAAGGAAAGCUGAAAUGCCUCCCCAUUUGUUCUCCGUUGCUGACAAUGCCUACCAGUACAUGUUGCAAGAUCGUGAAAACCAGUCCAUGUUGAUCACUGGCGAGUCUGGUGCUGGUAAAACUGAGAACACGAAAAAGGUCAUCCAGUACUUUGCCCUCGUUGCUGCUACUCUUGAUGGCAAGAAAAAGAAGGAUGAUGAAGAGAAGAAGAAAGACGAGAAGAAGGGUACCCUUGAGGAUCAGAUUGUCCAGUGUAACCCCGUACUGGAGGCAUAUGGUAAUGCCAAAACUACCCGUAACAACAACUCUUCCCGCUUCGGUAAAUUCAUCCGUAUCCAUUUCGGAACCCAGGGUAAAAUUGCUGGUGCUGACAUUGAGACUUACCUUUUGGAAAAAUCUCGUGUCACCUUCCAACAAACUGUUGAGAGAAACUACCAUAUUUUCUAUCAGCUUCUUACACCUACCUUCCCUGAUGUCAUCGAAAAGAUGUUGUGCACCCAAGAUCCUGGUCUUUACAGUUUCAUCAACCAGGGUGCUCUCACUGUUGAUGGUAUUGAUGAUGACGCUGAAAUGGUACUCACUGAUACUGCCUUUGAUGUAUUGGGCUUCACUGAUGAAGAGAAAAUGUCCAUGUACAAAUGUACUGGCUGUAUCCUCCACUUGGGUGAGAUGAAAUUUAAACAAAGAGGUGAACAGGCUGAAGCUGAUGGAACCGCUGAGGCUGAAAAGGUUGCUUUCUUGUUGGGUGUCAACGCUGGUGACUUGUUGAAAUGCUUGCUUAAACCCAAGAUCAAGGUCGGCACAGAAUACGUCACACAGGGCCGUAACAAGAACCAGGUUAUGAACUCCAUCUCUGCUUUGGCCAAAUCCUUGUACGAUCGUAUGUUCAACUGGCUGGUAAAACGUGUCAACCACACACUGGAUACCAAAACCAAGAGACAGUUCUUCAUUGGUGUACUGGAUAUUGCUGGUUUUGAGAUCUUCGACUUCAACAGCUUUGAACAGUUGUGUAUUAACUACACAAACGAAAGACUUCAGCAAUUCUUCAACCAUCACAUGUUCGUACUGGAACAGGAAGAAUACAAGAAAGAAGGAAUUGUCUGGGAAUUUAUUGAUUUUGGUCUUGAUCUGCAAGCCUGUAUUGAUCUCAUUGAAAAACCUAUGGGUAUCUUGUCCAUUCUUGAGGAAGAGUGCAUGUUCCCCAAAGCUAGCGAUACCACCUUCAAGAACAAACUGUAUGAUAACCAUCUUGGCAAGAACCCAAUGUUUGGCAAACCCAAACCACCAAAACCUGGUCAAUCUGAAGCCCACUUUGCUCUUCACCAUUAUGCUGGCAGUGUGUCUUACAACAUCGAAGGUUGGUUGGACAAAAACAAGGAUCCAAUCAAUGAAAACGUCGUUGAUUUGCUCCAGAACUCCAAGGAACACGUCGUGAAAGUGCUGUUCACACCACCUGAGACUCCCGAUGCUGGCGGUGGCAAGAAGAAGAAAGGAAAGUCUGCUGCUUUCCAGACCAUCUCCUCCACCCACAAGGAAUCUUUGAACAAACUUAUGAAAAACUUGUACAGCACCCAUCCUCAUUUUGUCCGUUGUAUUAUCCCCAACGAAUUCAAACAGCCAGGUCUCAUUGAUGCUGCUUUGGUACUUCACCAGCUCCGUUGUAACGGUGUAUUGGAAGGUAUCCGUAUUUGCCGUAAAGGAUUCCCUAACAGGAUCAUCUACUCUGAGUUCAAACAACGUUACUCCAUAUUGGCUCCCAAUGCUGUCCCAUCUGGUUUCGCUGACGGUAAACUUGUCACCGAGAAAGUCUUGUUGGCUCUCCAACUUGACCAAAAUGAAUACCGUCUUGGUACCACCAAAGUCUUCUUCAAGGCUGGUGUCUUGGGUAUGCUUGAAGACAUGCGUGACGAGCGCUUGUCCAAAAUCAUCUCCAUGUUCCAAGCCCACAUCCGUGGUUAUCUCAUGAGGAAGGCCUACAAGAAACUGCAGGACCAGAGAAUCGGCUUAACAUUGAUCCAGCGUAACAUCCGUAAGUGGUUGGUGUUGAGAAACUGGGAAUGGUGGCGUCUUUUCAACAAGGUCAAGCCACUCUUGAACAUCGCCCGUCAAGAGGACGAGAUGAAGAAACAACAGGAAGAAUUCACCAAAAUGAAGGAUGAGUUCGCCCGUUGCGAGCAAACCCGCAAAGAACUCGAGGAACAGAACGUCACCUUGUUGCAGCAGAAGAACGAUUUGGCUAUUGCCAUGUCCACAGCUGAUGACCAGAUCUCUGAGGCUGAAGAGAAGAUCGAACAACUGAUCAAACAGAAGUCCGAAUUCGAAAGUCUGAUGAAGGAAAUGGAAGAGAAGCUGAUGGAUGAAGAGGAUGCCAAUGCUGAUGUGGCGAACGCCAAGAAGAAGAUUGAAGCCGAGAACGCCGAACUCAAGAAGGAUGUCGAAGAUUUGGAAUCUUCCCUUGCCAAGUCUGAGCAAGAGAAGACCACCAAGGACAACCAGAUCAAAACACUCCAAGACGAGAUGGCUCAACAAGAUGAACACAUCUCCAAAUUGAACAAGGAGAAGAAGAACUUGGAUGAAUUGCAGAAGAAGACCUUGGAAGACUUACAGGCUGAGGAAGACAAAGUAAACCACCUGAGCAAACUGAAGACCAAGCUGGAACAGACUCUUGAUGAGCUUGAAGACAACCUUGAACGUGAGAAGAAAAUCCGUGGUGAUGUUGAGAAAUCUAAACGCAAGGUUGAACAGGACCUGAAGAGCACACAAGAAACUGUUGAAGAUCUUGAGAGAAUCAAGAGGGACCUUGAGGAUGGCAUGAGAAAGAAGGACAUGGAAAUCAAUGGUCUGAACUCCAAACUUGAAGAUGAGCAGAGUCUUGUUGCUCAACUCCAGAAGAAGAUCAAGGAACUCCAGGCUAGAAUUGAAGAACUUGAAGAAGAAUUGGAAGCUGAACGUCAAGCUAGAGCCAAGGUUGAAAAACAACGAACUGAACUCAAUCGUGAACUUGAAGAACUGGGUGAGCGUCUUGAUGAAGCCGGUGGUGCCACUGCUGCUCAGAUGGAACUCAACAAGAAACGCGAACAAGAGCUCCUGCGCUUGCGUCGUGAUCUUGAAGAAGGAACCAUGCAACAUGAAGCCCAAAUCGCCACACUCCGCAAGAAGAACACUGAGGCAACCAAUGAGCUUUCUGAUCAAAUUGACCAACUCCAGAAGGUUAAGAGCCGCCUUGAAAAGGAGAAAUCACAGCUUCGUGGUGAGGUUGAUGACCUCCAGGGUCAACUUGAGCAUGUUGGCAAAAACCGGGGAUGUUCCGACAAGAUGAGCAAACAAAUGGAAGCCCAGCUUUCUGAACUCAACGCCAAGAUUGAUGAACAAGCCCGCAGCGUAAGCGAACUCACGUCGCAGAAGUCCAGGCUGCAAGGAGAGAGCGCUGAUCUGACCAGGCAACUGGAAGAGGCUGAACACAACGUUGGUCAAUUGACAAAGUUGAAGAACAACCUCAAUCACCAGCUUGAAGAAGCCAAACGUAGUGGUGAAGAUGAAGGAAGACUCCGUGCCAAAUUGCAAGCUGAAGUCCGAAACCUCAACGCUGACAUCGAUGGUAUCCGUGAAACCCUUGAAGAAGAACAAGAAUCCAAAUCUGAUCUUCAGAGAGCCCUGUCCCGUGCUAAUGCUGAAGUACAACAAUGGAGGUCCAAGUUCGAGAGUGAGGGUACUGCCCGCACUGAUGAACUUGAGGAUGCUAAACGCAAACUCCAGGCCAAAUUGAGCGAAGCUGAACAACUAGUUGAUGCCUUGCAGAGCAAAUCUGCUGGAUUGGAGAAGGCCAAAUCUCGUUUGCAGGGAGAACUUGAAGAUAUGAUGAUUGAUGUUGAAAGGUCCACCGCCCAUGCUAACAAUCUUGAGAAGAAACAACGUGGAUUCGAUAAGACCAUGGGUGAAUGGCAACACAAAUGCAACGACCUCCAGGCUGAAUUGGAGAACGCACAGAAGGAAGCCCGUGGCUAUUCUGCAGAGUUAUUCCGCGUGAGAGCACAAUGUGAAGAGGUUGGCGACACAGUGGAGUCUUUGAGGAGGGAGAACAAGAAUCUCGCUGACGAGAUCCACGAUUUGACUGACCAACUUGGUGAGGGUGGCCGCAACACCCAUGAGAUUGAAAAGGCCCGCAAACGUCUUGCCCUUGAGAAGGAAGAACUCCAAGCUGCACUUGAAGAGGCUGAAGCUGCACUCGAACAAGAGGAAGCCAAGGUCAUGCGUUCUACUCUUGAAAUCUCUCAAAUCCGCCAGGAAAUUGACAGAAGAUUGCAAGAGAAAGAAGAGGAAUUCGAUAACACAAGACGUAACCACCAACGUGCUAUGGAAUCCAUGCAGGCCAGUCUUGAAGCUGAAUCCAAAGGCAAAGCUGAGGCCAUGCGCAUUAAGAAGAAAUUGGAACAAGACAUCAAUGAACUCGAAAUCGCUCUUGAUGGCUCCAACAGAGGCAAAGCUGAACUCGAGAAGAACCUCAAGAAAUACCAAGCACAAAUCAGGGAAUUACAAUCUCAAGUUGAAGAAGAACAGCGUCUUCGUGAUGAAGCUAAAGAACAUUUCCAAAUGGCAGAGAGGAGGUGCGCUGCUAUCAAUGGUGAACUUGAAGAACUCAGGACUAUCUUGGAACAGGCUGAACGUGCUCGCAAAGCUGCUGAAAAUGAAUUGGCCGAUGCCAGCGACCGUGUCAAUGAACUCCAGGCUCAGCUCUCCACAUCCAACAGCCAGAAGAGGAAACUGGAAGGUGACAUCACUGCCAUGCAGACUGACCUUGAUGAACUCAACCAUGAACUCAAGAGUGCCGAUGAGCGUGCCAAACACGCCAUGGCUGAUGCUACCCGUCUUGCCGAUGAACUCAGACAAGAACAAGACCAUGCUCUUUCCGUCGAGAAGGUCCGCAAGAGCUUAGAAUCUCAAGUCAAGGAAUUGCAGGUCCGCCUGGAUGAAUCUGAAGCCGCUGCCCUCAAGGGAGGCAAGAAGAUGAUCCAGAAACUCGAAAGCCGGGUUCGUGAAUUGGAAUCUGAGCUUGACAGUGAACAGCGCCGCCACGCCGAGACCCAGAAAUCUAUGCGCAAGGUUGACCGCCGCGUCAAGGAAUUAUCCUUCCAGCAAGAUGAAGACAGGAAGAACCAUGAACGCAUGCAGGAACUCGUAGACAAACUCCAGAACAAGAUCAAGACCUACAAGAGACAGGUUGAAGAGGCUGAGGAGAUCGCUGCCGUUAACCUCGCCAAGUUCCGCAAAGUUCAACAAGAGCUUGAAGAUGCUGAAGAACGUGCUGACCAAGCAGAAAGCGCUGUGCAGAAACUCCGUGCUAAGAACCGUAGCUCCGUAUCUGCCGCCCGCGCUAGUCCUUUGUCUUUGACAAGCAGCUCCAGCAGUCACCAAGUCACAACUAUGCAAGGUCGUGGUUCCGGAUAUUCAGCAACUUUUAGUCGAUCUGUACAUAUGUCCAACGGUGGAGAAGAUGACCACUUCUAAACAAAAUCAUGACUACUACCACCACCACCAACAACAACACCAACAUCAACAGCAAUAACACCCACCAGAACCAACGAUAACAACAACAACAAAAUGAUAAACUUGCCAGAAGAAAACUAAGAAUCUAAGACAAAAGCAGAAGUGGAAACAUCUGUGCAUAAAAAUAACCGGAAUUUUCUUUGCUCAAAAUAUUUGACUGCGACCUUGUGUGUGUUGUGGACUGUUUUUUUGGUUCCUUUUUUUUCGGGUGGAGUGAAGGGGUAGAAAAAAUGAAUAAAUAAAAUAAAAUAAAUUUUUUUUAAAAAUAUUCAUGACAAAACAUCAAAAACACAGAACAGAAACGGAGCUCAAAGAAUGCCAGAAGUUGAAAGAAAGACAGAAAAUUUAUGAGAUAAUAAACUAACGACAUGCAACACCCGUAAUAAUUGUGAAAAAAAAAAAAUGAAGGUUUAAAAAAAGAUGAAAAAAUAUAUAUAUUGAAGAAAAACAAUUAUUAUUAUUAUUUAUAAUUUAUUAUCAAUUAUUUAUUAUAUUUGAUAGUCUAGUAUUCUAUGGAUGUUGUUUUUGAAAAUUUUCGGUUAUUUUGCACAUGGAAGAGAAUUAUCAAUAAUUUUUUUCUAAUUAAAAAUUCCAACACUGGCAGGUUAAUUAUAAUGAUGAUGAUGAACUGCACAAAGAGGAAUGAAUAACCAAGAACAAUUAA